GGAAAAUAGCCUUCAGUAGAUGCCACAACUUCCGGUGCAGUGUUGACAUUUUGGUUUUAACUGAAUUUUGAUGUUUGAGAAACUAUGGUUGUUACAACAGAUUCCAAUGUUGAUGACAUUGAAGACAUCAUAUCAGGCUCACAUGAUGCAGAUAUUAGGACAGGAAAUAAGAAACACAUUGUACCAAAGGCUCGUAGGUAUAAAGGAAAAGCAAAAGAUGCAGAUAUCACCUCUGACAGCAUAAUUCCUGGUACACAGAAGGUAUUUGUGAAGACGUGGGGCUGUUCACAUAACAACUCCGACUCUGAAUACAUGGCAGGUCAGCUCGCCGCAUAUGGUUAUCAGAUAGUUGAUGACAAACAGGAGGCUGACCUGUGGCUUCUGAACAGCUGUACAGUAAAGAGCCCCGCCGAGGACCAUUUCCGUAAUGAGAUCAAGUUGGCACGUCAGUUGGAGAAGUACAUCGUGGUGGCCGGAUGUGUGCCACAGGGACAGCCUAAGGCAGACUAUAUGCAGGGCCUGAGUGUGGUUGGCGUACAGCAGAUAGAUCGGGUACUUGAGGUAGUCGAGGAGACUCUCAAAGGUCACAGUGUUCGGUUGUUUGGCCAGAAAAAGGAGGCGGGGAAGAAGCAAGGGGGAGCUGCUCUCAACCUGCCCAAGAUCAGGAAAAACCCGCUCAUUGAGAUUAUAGCCAUUAACACUGGAUGUUUAAACCAGUGCACUUACUGUAAAACAAAGCAUGCUCGAGGGGAGCUUGGCAGCUACCCACCCGAUGAGAUAGUGGCGCGUGCUGUACAGUCAUUCCAAGAGGGUGUCGUUGAGAUAUGGCUGACCUCUGAAGACCUGGGGGCAUAUGGACACGAUAUCGGGGUCACACUUCCUGAGUUGCUAUGGCGGCUGGUGGAUGUGAUUCCAGAGGGUGCCAGAAUGAGGCUCGGGAUGACGAACCCACCAUACAUACUAGAACAUCUCCCAGAGAUAGCCAAGAUUCUGCAGCACCCACGUGUAUAUUCGUUUCUACACGUUCCUGUUCAGUCGGCGUCCGAUAGUGUCCUAAUGGAUAUGAAACGAGAGUACUGCCAGGCGGAUUUCCGACAUGUAGCGGACUAUCUUAAGGAAAAUGUGCCUGGAGUGAACAUAGCCACCGACCUAAUAUGCGGCUUCCCGACAGAGACUGACGCGGACUUUGAGGAGACAAUGCAGCUGGUUCGAGAUUACAAGUUCGCCAGUCUGUUCAUUAACCAGUUUUUUCCACGCCCUGGAACCCCUGCAGCCAACAUGCCGCGUAUACCUGCUCAGGAUGUUAAGAAGAGGACAAAGAAGGUGUCCGAGUUGUUCCAGUCAUACCAUCCAUACACACACAAGAUGGGGGAGAUUCAAGAGGUGUUGGUGACGGAAAUCUCCCAUGACAAACAGUACUUUGUAGGACAUAACAAGUUUUAUGAUCAGGUUCUAGUCCCUAAAGAAGAUUCCCUAAUGGGUAAACUGGUUACCGUGGAGAUCUAUGAGACUGGGAAACACUUCCUGAAGGGAAAUCUCGUCUCCGGAGAGAAAAUACGGCGUCCGGAGACUGUUCCUGCACCUCUUAAACGUGGCCAGGUCUCGGGCUUGAAGCAUACUGACAUCGUUAUUACCAAGAAAGGCCUGUGGUUCUUUGGCUUGUCGAUGGUUGUGAUGUUGAUUGCAAUUAUUUGGCGAGUUUAUGGACUUGUGACGCAGUUAGUAACAUGAAGAUAGAUGGAAUACAUAAAUUUGUGCUUUAAUACUUUGACGCUUGCCUUACAAUGACCAUGAUAUUGAAAUGAUUAAGGAACAACCAGGGUGAUUUUCUUCUGUCGAAAAAUUGGCAUUUAUCUUGCCGAAGGAAUAUGCUCACAGGUUUUGUCAAAGUUUCCAAGAAUUUACAACAGUUUAAUUGCCAUCCAUCUAUGCAUUGGCUAUUUGACUGGCAAGUAGAGUUUUUAAAAUUUUGAGUUAUUAAAAGAUGAAAAUCAGCUCUGCUGGACAGGGAAUUAGUAACUAAAGGUUCUGGUUUUUACCAUAGAAUUGUAUUGUAAUAAAGCUAUCACAGUAUUUCUGUCCAGGGUUCUGGUGGAUUGUUAUGUAUGGUUAAGAAAAAAUUGAAUUCCAAAUAAAGUCUCAUUUUGGA